UUGGAUGAAUAAUCUCCAGCAGGUUUCUACAAUCGGGCAGACCUCUAACGUAGGACGGUGUCCCUUGAGGACUGUAACAUAACUAGAUUAUGUUAAGACAACCAGUUCUGUCAGACAAGCUGAAGCUGUCCACCACUGGUAAGUUGGUGUUCUGAAGACUUCUUCCCCUCUAAAUAUGACUGUAUGCUGGUCAUGGUUCCCUAGAUGAUGUAUUGAUUUGUACCUUGAUGUUUCACUUCUCAUCUGAGGAGGUCUGUCACGUCUAACUGGGAUUUGCAGGGUUUAAAGCAGUUUGUUUGCAUUCUCACUGGGGUUGUUGACUGGCUUUAGACACUUCUCAGUGAAAAGGUUCUGGUUUUAAACCUGAACUGUGUAUUUUAAUUUGCAGUUGUUUACCUGACUUUAAGAAACUAUACAUUUUAAUUUAAUACUUCAAAUGUUUAGUUUAACCACAAGCACUUAUGACUUCCAAAUGAGCAAAUCCUGAACUUUGGAAAGGAACUCUUAACAUUGAACACGCUUCUUUCAAGAGUGAUUUACAUCAUUUAACACAACUUCCUCCGAAUGAAACCUAGAUUGGUCUUAGAAUCUUAAUAUGGAACUGGAGGGCUUUUCAGGUCUGCUAGAGGAGCUUUUUAAAAUCAGUCCACCUUAAAAUCUUAUGGUGAAACCCGCUCCUCUUAAGUGAUAAAUGACCUGCAUGGACAUAAGUGUUUAGUCAUUCAUCCAUUCACAGCCACUGCUGCUCUAGGACACUGAGGUAAAGCUGCUGUACAAAUGCCACUGGGUCUCAACCAGCAGACAAGGAGUGAUGUGCCCAAAGGCACAAUAACCUGAUGAGAGCUUAUAAGUUCUCUCAACCCACUGAUUAGAAUGAACUUCUAACCUCUGAGUCAUUGUUGCCCCAAAACACAAAUGACUGUCAACCAGGGCAACACAACCUGCCUUAAUAGGAAUUUAUCUGGUUGAUCAAGAAAGCAAUCAUAACAGACCUGUCUCAUUCUUCCUCUGCUUUUCAUUAAUUACUGCAAGCAAUGUUUCGUAGUGCCAGUAUAAAACAAAGUCACAUUUUAUUCCCUCCAACAACCAAUCAAGAAAGUAAUCUACAAAAAUAAUUUAAGAGACCACACCUUAAAUUUACAUUCAUGUUCUCGCUCUCAGACUAUAAAAACGAGUAGCUUGUAUUUUUGAAAUCAAAUAAAAUGCUUUUGAUCUAUUCACACCUGUUGUACUGUAUGCAAAGGGACACAACCACGUCCUUUUACUUGCUGUCCAGCAGGGGGCAGCGGUGCCACUUCUAGCUAAUUAGCCAACAGUAAAGGAAGAAGGAAAGACAACACUUCAUUGUUACAUCGCCAUUAAUAACCACAGACUGUGUUUAUACCCGUUAAUGAGGCGCAUUUAGAACCAUGUUUGCUUUAAAUGUUUGGGUAUGACGUUAUAUUUGUAGCUCCCGAAAGUGUUUUGGUGCUUUAGCCUCUGAAUGUAGAGCCUUCUCAUUCGGCCGGGGCAAAGUAGUGCAGAAACGUUAGCUAACGUUGCACGUAUGCGUGAGUGAGACCGUUAAGGAACACAGAUGGACCCGAACCGGAUAAUCCAGGCCCUGAAGGGGACCAUCGAUCCCAACCUGAGGAUAGCGGCGGAGCAAGAGCUCAACCAGCGCAUACAGACCAGCCAGCUGAUAAACGACACAAUGGCAGAAAGUUGCAUGGCGGUGUGCGGAAGACUGAAGUGUGCAGUGGAAACUGUCAGCAGUCUUACAAGAUCAUCAACUUUGCUCCCACCCUGCUUCACAUCAUUGUGUCCGAGCAGGUGGAGUUUCCUGUACGCCAAGCAGCGGCCAUCUACCUGAAGAACAUGGUGAGUCAGUACUGGCAGGACAGGGAGCCGUCGGUGGGCGAGGUCAUCUUUCCUUUUAACAUUCAUGAGAAUGACCGGCAGCAGAUCAGAGAUCACAUAGUGGAAGCUAUCAUCCGGUGUCCAGAAUCCAUACGUGCCCAGCUGACCGUGUGUCUGAGAGCCAUCAUCAAGCAUGACUUCCCAGGCCGCUGGACCGCCAUCAUAGACAAGAUCAACAUGUAUUUACAGUCUCAGAGCAGUGGGAGCUGGUAUGGAAGUCUGCUGGCUCUCUAUCAACUGGCCAAAACAUACGAAUACAGGAAAGCAGAUGAGCGGGAGCCUUUGCUGGCAGCCAUGCAGAUUUUUUUGCCAAGAAUUCAACAGAUCAUCAGCCAGCUGCUGACUGAUGCUACCAUCUUCUCUGUCCUCAUCCAGAAACAGAUCCUCAAAAUCUUCCAUGCUCUUGUACAGUACUCGCUGCCGCUCCAGCUCAUCAACAACACCGUGAUGACGCAGUGGAUGGAAAUACUGCGAUCCAUAAUGGACAGAGACGUCCCUGCUGAGACGUUGGAGGUUGAUGAGGACGACCGUCCUGAGCUGGCCUGGUGGAAGUGUAAGAAGUGGGCGCUGCACAUCAUCACCAGACUGUUUGAGCGGUAUGGAAGCCCUGGGAACGUGACAAAGGAAUAUUGCCAGUUUGCAGACUUUUUUCUGAAGACUUAUGCGGUAGGAAUACAGCAGGUUCUGCUGAAGGUGGUGGACCAGCACCGGCAGAGGCAGUACGUUACUCCUCGUGUCUUGCAGCAGUGCCUCAAUUAUCUCAACCAGGGUGUGUCACACUCACUGACCUGGAAACAGAUGAAACCACACAUGCAGACUAUUUGCCAAGAGGUCAUCUUCCCUCUGAUGUGUUACAAAGACGAGGAUGAGAGAGUUUGGCAGGAAGACCCGUACGAAUACAUCCGAAUGAAGUUCAACCUCUACGAUGACUACGCCCUCCCAGCAACGGCUGCCCAGGGCCUCCUGUGUAAAACGGCCCACAAGAGGAAAGAGGUUCUUCCUCAGAUGAUGGAGUUCUGCCUCCAGAUCCUGAUGGACCCCUCUGCAGAUCCUCGCAGGAAGGAUGGAGCGUUGCAUUGUAUUGGAGGCCUAGCUGAGCUUCUAAUGAAGAAACAAAUGUACAGGGAGCAGAUGGAGCUGAUGCUGCAAAACUACGUCUUCCCGUUGCUUAACUCUCCCAUGGGUUACCUGCGAGCCAGGUCAUGCUGGGUUCUGCACUGCUUCAGCCCGCUGCGUUUCCACGAUGAGCUGGUGCUCAGGAACGCUUUGGAGCUGGUCAGACGAGACCUGGUAGAAGACAAAGAGAUGCCCGUUAAGGUAGAAGCUGCCAUUGCUCUGCAGGCGAUGAUCAGCAACCAGGAGCAAGCCAAGCUGUAUAUCCAGCCUUACAUCCGCCAGGUGAUGCAAGAGUUGCUUCAUGUGAUCAAAGAGACGGAGAACGACGACCUGAUCAACGUCAUCCAGAAGAUGAUUUGCGAGUACAACCAGGAGAUGGCGGCCAUUGCUGUGGACAUGACACAGAACCUGGCAGGGAUUUUCACUAGAGUCCUUCAAAGUGACGAGUAUGAGGAGAACGAGGAUAAGACGGUCAUGGCUCUUGGUAUCCUCAGCACCAUAGACACCAUCCUUACUGUCAUGGAGGACCACAAGGAGAUCACUCAGCAGCUGGAAGGAAUUUGUUUACAGGUGAUUGGCCUGGUGUUGCAGAAGCCCAUCAUAGGUAUGGCAGAGUUCUACGAGGAGAUUCUCUCUCUGGCGUUUGGCCUCACCUGCCAGACCAUCUCCCCUCAGAUGUGGCAGCUUCUGGGUGUCCUAUAUGAGGUCUUCCAGCAAGAUUGCUUUGACUACUUCACAGACAUGAUGCCUCUUUUGCACAACUAUAUCACUGUGGACACAGACAUGCUUCUGGCUAACUCUAAACACUUGGAGGUCAUCUAUAACAUGUGCAAAAAGGUGCUGAGUGUAGAUGCAGGGGAGGAUGCAGAGUGUCAUGCUGCUAAACUCUUAGAAGUGAUCAUUCUGCAGUGCAGAGGCAGGGGCAUCGACCAGUGCAUCCCUCUGUUUGUGGAGGCAGUGCUGGAGCGUUUGAUCCGGGGCGUGAAGACCAGUGAGCUGAGAACCAUGUGUCUGCAGGUAGUCAUCGCUGCUCUGUACUACAAUCCAGCCCUGCUCAUCCAGACCUUGGACAACAUGCACUUCCCACAUAACCCACAGCCCAUCACUGCCCACUUCAUCAACCAGUGGAUAAACGACACCGAGUUCUUCCUGGGACUCCAUGACCGUAAGAUGUGCAUCAUUGGCCUGAGCCUUCUGAUGGAGCUGCCUAGCCGUCCAGCGGCGUUGGAACGAGUCGCUGGCCAUAUCAUCCCCUCCAUCCUGCUUCUCUUCCUAGGCCUAAAACACCUUUAUGAAUCCCGUCUCCUCAACAAACCAGACCUGCUGGCUCGGGCAGGGCUUCAGGAUCAGGACCAAAAUGAGGAGAUUCCCAGUGAUGAAGAUGAGGUGAAUGAGAGCCAAAGCCUCCUCCAGCAGCAGCCCAACAUGGCAGCAGGCCAGGGAGCCAAUGAAGAGGAGGAUGACGACGACUACUGGGAUGAAGAUUGUAUUGAAGGCACGCCUCUGGAGGAAUACAGCACGCCUCUGGACUACGACAACGGAGAGGACGAGUACCAGUUCUUUACCGCUGCCUUGCUCAGGAUCCAGAACGGCGAUGCUGCAUGGUACCAGUGUCUGACGGCUCCACUCAGCAACGAACAGAAGAAACAGCUCCAGGAGAUCUACAGCGUCUCACAGCAGAGGCGGAGCACCGCUGCCAAAGGCCACUGGUGAGAGAGAUGCCCUGAUGGACAGAGAAACGGUGGGAUGCAGAGGUUUUAGACACACGGUCAGGCUGAAACGUCUCCUGGGCGUGUUCUGUCAUAGUUCAGACUGUUAUCUCUAUCCUUCU